CCCCCGCUUGAACCCUACUUGGCUACUUCGCUACUUCCCCCCCUCUCGCUCUCUCAAUCCCCAAAAACCCGAAUCCAAACCUCGGCGUUCCCCGUUCCCACACUCUCCUCCUCCUCGUCUUCCUCCCCUGUCCCCUCGCCAUGGACGCGGCCGCGCCCGUGGCGGAGGGGUCUGAGGCGAACCCUGGCGCCUCGCCCCCGAACCAUCAGCCCGAUUCCGGCGGAGGCGGCGGCCGCGCUGCCCGUCCCACGCCGGAGGAGCUGGUGGCGCGAUCCAUCGCCCCCGUGAAGCCCGAGUUCCUCUGCCCUCCGCCCGUCCGGUCCGCCGCCGACGCCGGAGACGGCGCCGCCGCCGCCGCUUCGGGCGUCGUCAAGGAGAAGAAGUCGCGGCGACAGAUGAAGAGAGAGCGCAAGGAGGAACAAAAAUCCACAUUACAUAUAUGUAUUGAAGUAGCAAGAAGCGGAAAUGUGGAUUCGUGCAAUUAUGGUGAUAAAUGCCGUUUCAGCCAUGACAUAAAUGCUUAUUUGGCUCAGAAACCAGCUGAUUUUGAGGGAACUUGUCCUUUCAUUAAUGCAGAAGAGUCAUGUCCUUAUGGACUAACUUGUCGAUUUUUAAAUUCGCACAAGGAAAAUAUCCCUUCAGAAUCUCAGAAAAUUUCUAGGAAGAGCCAUGAGAUCAAUGGCUUGAGUAAAAACCUUCAGAAGCUUUUGUGGAAGAAUAAAGUUGAUUUUCCUAAGGCAGAUGCUCAACUCAAACUUCUUGGCCUAAAGGGUGGUAAAAGCAAGAAGGAAAAGUCAAAAGUUGAUAACGUAGAAAACCAGCAAGAUGCUUUUGAUGGAUCAAAUAACCUUUGCAAUGAUGAUAAAAGUGAGAUGCUUGCCUGCAAGGAUGAUGAUGCAUCAUGCGUUGAUGUAUCUGAUGAGGCAAGGCCUUUGAAGAAGACGAAGGGUGAAGUUGCUGAAAAUGGUGGAAAUGACAUUGCUAAUGGUUCAUGUUGCAUGGAAACAAUUCUAACAGAUGGUACAGAGAACUCUUCACUCAAUACACUAAAUUCAUGCAAAGUCAAUCCAAGUCCAAAGGUACAUGCACGAGAAAAGAAGCUUAUUGAUUUUAGAGGGAAGCUGUACCUUGCACCUUUGACCACUGUCGGGAAUCUUCCUUUUAGAAGGAUCUGCAAAGUCUUAGGGGCCGACGUCACUUGUGGAGAAAUGGCGAUGUGUACAAAUCUUUUACAGGGGCAAGUUUCAGAAUGGGCAUUGCUGAGGCGGCAUUCGUCAGAGGAUUUAUUUGGAGUACAAAUAUGCGGGGCUUAUCCUGAUACUGUGGCACGUACAGUUGAACUUGUGGAAAGUCAAUGUUCGGUUGACUUCAUUGACAUCAAUAUGGGGUGCCCAAUCGAUAUUAUUGUCAACAAGGGUGCUGGAUCUUCACUUCUUAUGAAACCCAUGAGAAUGAAGGGAAUUAUACAAGCAGCCUCCAAUACAUUUGAGAAGCCUUUAACUGUUAAGGUGCGAACUGGUUACUUUGAGGGGAGAAAUCGAAUUGAUUCCCUAGUUUCGGAUAUUUAUGAGUGGGGUGCAAGUGCACUGACCAUACAUGGCAGAUCACGGCAGCAGCGAUACAGCAAGCUUGCUGAUUGGGAUUAUAUCUACCAGUGCGCACGCAAGGCCCCUAGUAAUUUGCAUGUUUUAGGAAAUGGUGAUGUAUUUUCAUACACCGACUGGAAUAAGCAUGCUUCCGACUGUCCUGAGCUUUCUUCUUGCAUGAUCGCUCGAGGUGCUUUAAUCAAGCCUUGGAUAUUUACUGAAAUAAAGGAACAGAGACACUGGGACAUUACAUCUGGAGAGAGAUUUAACAUACUAAAAGAUUUCGUACGAUUUGGCCUAGAACACUGGGGUUCUGAUACCAAAGGUGUGGAAACAACGCGCCAUUUCUUGUUAGAAUGGCUAAGCUACACUUAUCGGUAUAUCCCCGUGGGCUUGUUGGAUGUCGUCCCGCAACGCUUGAAUUGGAGGCCGCCGAGCUUCUACGGCCGUGAUGAUCUCGAAACCCUAAUGGCCUCCGAUUCAGCUGCCGAUUGGAUUAGGAUCUCCGAGAUGCUGCUUGGUAAAGUUCCUGAAGGCUUUACCUUCGCCCCGAAACACAAAUCGAAUGCUUACGAUCGAGCGGAGAACGGGUGAUGAUCGAAAACCGGCAGUUAACUCUUUUUUUUUAGUUUUUCUGAAGGAUUUGUUUGUUGUAUCAUUCGAAGUCCCUAUUUAUUUAACCUCUUUCGCGGCCCUUUAAAUGUAUGAGAAAUUUGGAGAUAUUCUUAUGGAAGUUUGAAGAUAACGACCUGCAAUGUGCAAUGAAAAGAAAACAAAGAGAAAUUUUUCAUUUUAUGAAUUCGUAGAACUCCUAUUGCAUGUGGAGUC